AUGUCGUACCCAGUUCUGAACCCCCUUAGGGCUACGGACUUCUCUUCUGACGACAUCAGCGUCGUCACCAUCGACGCGACCAACAUCGUCCAGCUCGAGAAGAUCGACAUGACCAUGACCAUGGCAGAACUGGGCCGAGCCGACGAGUUGGCGGCCGCUGUUGAUGAGUGGAACAAGGCGUGGGUGAACAAGGCGUACGAUGGCUGCCAUCAGGACAUCAAGAACGUGGCUUUCUCCGUCCUUCCCCGCAUCAAGCUCUUUCUUUCGGAGGACUCGCGCGGUUUGUUCGUCUUCGACGCUGCCACAGGAUUCGUCAAGAAGUCGUUCCCGUUCGGCUCGUCGAUGCGCGACGUGUUCCUCAAGACCACGCAUGUGGGCCAUGACGGUCAAGAGCACCAGCUGCUCGACAAGUCCUACACGAUCAUGCUCCACGCCGGAGGUGCGGCUGUCCGCAAGGACCACGAGACGUUGCGUGACGACCCCACACGCAACGCCCUCCCCUUCAACAACGUUAUCGCAGCUGCCAGGCGUGCCAGGGGCCUGCAUGCUGUCGGUCUGUACCUCCGCGUGUACGAGUUCUUUGGAAUGCUUCUGCUGUAUCUGGGUCUCUCCAUCGACAUGGGGACACGCCAGUACAGCCAUGACCGCGAUGGCGUCAACGAACUCAUCCGUGAGUUCUGCGCGGCCCAGGGCGUCAGCGGUGCCGACUGGAGCGCCAUUGUGUAUUGCCACUUUGGCAACCGCAACUUCACGGACAUGCCCCCACCUGUUCUGGCAUCCAUGGAGAACCUCGUUGUUGGCGGCGGUCGCUUCACUAGCCGUCUGAACAAGAUGCAAGUCAACGUGGUGAACACGUACUUCCGUCUCCUCCCCCGCGCCCUCACAUCGACCAGCGGACUCACCGCCCCGCGUAGGGACGACCUCCUCGCCACUUGGAGUAUCCUGUUCCACGAGUACAAGGAUAUGGGCCAGCAGUGGCGCGACGCAAACGUGUUCGGGGCGGUGCCCAGCUCCCACUAG